GUGUGGACGCGUUUGCUUACAGUCAUGUCGGAUGAGGACUGCGCUGCUGCGGGGGAGAGGAGCUCUCUGAGCGGCCUGCUGCUCGCCUCGCACGCCCCGCUGGAUGACGCGCAGCGCGCGGGCCGGAUGAAGUGCUCGCGGUGCGGCGCGUCGCGCAUGUUCUACUGCUACAGCUGCUGCGCGUUGGUCGGGCUGGAACCGCGGGACGUUCCGAGCGUCAAGCUGCCGGUGAAGAUCGACAUCAUCAAACACCCCAAUGAAACAGACGGCAAGAGCACGGCGGUGCAGGCCAGACUCCUCGCGCCGCAGGACGUCACCAUCUACACAUACCCCUGCAUCCCUGAGUUGGACCAGAGCGCAGAAAACAUCGUGCUGGUGUUUCCCGGUCCAGAUGCCAUGACGGUGGAGGAAUUAUGGGAGUAUUUUUCUGCCGGUGGAGCGCAGAGAGUGAAGAGAUUAAAAGCGGCUUCUGAAACUCGCACCUGCCCGAUCCAGAGAGUGGUUUUCAUUGAUAGCACCUGGAACCAAACCACCAGAAUCAUCACGGAUGAACGUCUUCAAGCUUUACCAAAUGUGGAGCUCAAGAGCAGAAGAACCUGUUUUUGGCGGCAUCAGAAAGGCUGUCCGGACACAUACCUGGCCACAAUAGAGGCCGUUUACUACUUCCUGAAGGACCUGCACAGCCACUACUUCUCCGAAUACACGGGAGAAUACGACAACCUGCUGUUCUUCUUCUCAUUCCUGCAUAAACUGAUCAAUAAAGCCAAACAGGCUGCUGGGAAAGUGUGACGAGAAACUCUCACGUCUGUUUUAUUUGAACGCAAUGGAUGCAUUUUGUCACAGUGAGAUUUGAAUAUUUUUAUUUACAAGUCAAAGUCUGCAUGCAUAUUCCCAGUGUGACUGAAACAUUCACUGAUUUUAUUUUUAAGGCACUUCAAUGUGUAUUUGACAAUAAAUGUUUUCUUGUACACUC